AUGGCUUUAUCAAUUUCCAUAGCUUUCUUUCUCUCUGUUUUCCUUCUCCCCACAUCCACCGCUCAACCCACUCUCUCCUCUAACGAGCAACAAGCCGUCUACAAACUUCUAGAAUCCAUCAACGCCGCCUUCCAAUGGCGUCUUCUUUUUCCCGACGACCUCUGUUCCUCAUCUCCUCACGGAAUCGUCUGCGAACUCUUCGAAGAACCCACCGGAGAUUAUUCCGUUCACAUUACGGAACUCAGUUUCGGCUUCGUCUCCGAUUACUCCUCCAACCCUUUCUGCACACCAAACUCCACCAUUAACCCACAUCAUCUAACUCCUCUAACCCAUCUCCGAAAACUCUUCUUCUACAAAUGCUUCACCGGAACUCCGGUCACUUUUCCUAAUUUCUCUCCACUCAAUAUCUCCAUCCAACAUCUUGUCUUCAUCGAUAACCCGUCUCUAGUCGGUUCCAUUACCGGAAAAAUCAGUAACAUGAACUUAAUAAGGUUCAUAUUGACCGGGAGUAAUGUCUCCGGCGAGAUCAAAUCUGCGUUUGGCGAUUUGGAUAACGCUGAAGAGAUCACCUUAUCGAGAAACCAAUUCACCGGUGAACUGCCGCCGGAGAUAUUUGGAAAUAUGAACAAGUUGAAGAUUCUUGAUCUCAGUCAAAACGGGUUGGAGGGAAAUCUUCCAAAAUCAACGGGAGGAUUGACGGGUCUUCUAAAACUUGACCUGAGUUACAAUCGUUUUUCCGGUGAAAUACCAGAAACCCUAAAAGCAAUGAAGGAUUUGGAGUUUCUAGAUUUGAGUUAUAACGUAUUCACCAACUCCGGUAUUCCGGCGUUCUUUUCCGGCAUGACCAGCCUGAGAGAGGUUUAUCUGAAUGGAAACUUACUCGGAGGACAUAUUCCGGAAAUUUGGGAAAAUCUGAAGGGUAUAAUCGGAAUAGGACUUUCCGGUAAUGGGCUUAUUGGGAAUAUUCCUCCUUCGAUGGGCUUGGCUUUAAAGAAGGUGAGUUAUAUUGGGCUGGAUAAUAAUAAUUUGGAAGGCCCAAUACCUGAAGAAUUUGGGGCCUUGGAAAAUGUGUACGAGAUCAAUCUGGAGAAUAACAGGCUUAGUGGGAGUUUACCAUUUGGAGCCCAAUUUGUUAACAAAAUGGGGAAGAAGCUGAAAUUGGCGGGAAACCCAGAGCUCUGUGUUGAAAAGAGAGCCAUUAAUGGAAGCUUGAUGAACUUAAGGUUAUGCAGAAAGAAGCCUACAACGUUUGAAUCUCCUCUUGUCUCCACUUUGUUAAGAACAUCUUCAUCUGCUGCAAUUCAAGAAUGGCCUUGCUUCUUAAUGUUUUUCAUUUGGUCUGUUUUUCUUAUGUUCUUAUUAUAG